AACACCCCAAAGAUCACGGUUCAUAGAUAUUUGUUCAAGGUUAUAAGUAAUGCAAGUAUUUUCUUAAAUAAAAGUGAAUAUUAUUUAUUUCCUAUAAAUAGCUAUUUCCUCAUUCUAGCCACAUUUCAUCAACACAAGAGAGUAAAAAUGGAAAUGCCAACUAUUAACUUUGGUGAGCUUGAAGGUGAGAAAAGAAGUGAGACACUAGCACUCCUCCAUCACGCUUGCGAAAAUUGGGGCUUUUUUCAAAUAGAAAAUCAUGGAAUUGAGAAAGAGUUAAUGGACAAAGUGAAGCAGUUUAUAAACAAAUAUUAUGAGGAAAACUUGAAAGAUGGGUUCUUCGAGUCAGAUAUUAGCAAGGCUUUGGAGAACAAAGAGAACGCUUCUAGCACAGAUUGGGAAAGCAGCUUCUUCAUUAUGCAUCGCCCCAAGUCUAACAUGAAUGAUUUUGGUGAUUUCUCUGAAGAUUUUCGGAACACAAUGGACAGCUACAUUGAUCAACUAGUAAAAGUAGCAGAAAAACUAUCAGAACUAAUGUGUGAAAACCUUGGUCUAGAAAAAGACCACAUAAAGAAAUCAUUCUCAGGAACCAAAGGCCCUGCAGUUGGUACAAAGGUAGCAAAAUACCCUGAAUGUCCGAACCCUGAACUCGUCAGAGGCCUUCGCGAGCACACCGAUGCAGGCGGGAUCAUUCUCUUACUGCAGGACGAUCAAGUCCCGGGACUCGAGUUUUACAAAGACCGAAAAUGGUUUAAGAUACCGCCUUCUAAGAACAACACGAUCUUCAUCAACACGGGUGAUCAAAUAGAGGUUCUCAGCAACGGAAGGUACAAGAGUGUUCUGCAUCGUGUUAUGACAGGAAAAUCUGGGAGUCGACUAUCAGUUGCCACGUUUUACAAUCCUGCAGGGGAUGCUGUUAUUUCUCCUGCUGAGAAACUGUUGUAUCCUGUGAGCUACCGGUUUCAGGACUAUUUGAAGCUGUAUUCGAGUACUAAGUUCUCAGAAAAAGGUGGGAGGUUUGAAUCUAUGAAGGAGGAUAUGAUCAAUGGAGAAACUUAAAUUGUGAAAUUCAUCAAAUAUGCAACAUGAUUUUACCACUUGUUAGUUGUUAAGUCUUCAUUUUGAUCCGACUACAUCUGGUUCUGAUCUGUGUCGCACACCUUGCUUGUGGUGGGUGAGUUUCAGAAUAAGAGUUUUUGCAUACGGCGAGGCUUGAACCUGAUACCUCCCUUGAGUGGUAUCAAGUUCCUUACUAGUUGAGCCAACUCUAUGUUGGUAGUUGUACUCUUAUUAUAUUUCUUGAAUUUUACCUCCUCCUACAAUUUUACUCUAAUUAAUUGUAAUCAUGGACAAGUAUUGUCAAUUUUAUUAAUUCUUGAAGUAUUGCAAGGGAAUUUUAUUUUUUACAA